UGCGACAUCAGCUACUUCACUCUCUCCCAAAAUCAUCCCCUCCACUUCUUCCACCACCCAAAACCGUUCAACUCUCAAUGUCCCCACCACCCGCUUUCUUCGCAACCCUCUACGCCGUCUGGGCUUCGCCGGCGCCGCCGUCGACCCUCUUCUCAGCCUCCACGUAGCUGCCAGACUCAGGUCCCUCAAAGCGAGCGGAAAAGCCUCCAGAGGGGUGGAGUCGAUGGCCAAGAAGAGCGUGUGAGACCUCACGGCGGCGGAAUUGAAGGGCAAGAAUUCACUGACGAUACCAGAAUUCGAGCUGCUGUGCCCACCAUCAAGCACUUGAUCUCAAAUGGGGCUAAAGUCAUUCUCUCCAGUCACUUGGGACGACCAAAAGGUGUUACUCCAAAAUUCAGCUUGGCACCCCUUGUGCCCAGAUUAUCUGAAUUACUUGGCAUUCAGGUUGUCAAGGCUGAUGACUGCAUCGGUCCAGAAGUUGAAAAACUUGUGGCUGCACUUCCUGAUGGUGGUGUUCUUCUUCUUGAGAAUGUGAGGUUUUACAAAGAGGAAGAAAAGAAUGAACCUGAGUUUGCAAAGAAGCUUGCUUCGUUGGCAGAUCUUUAUGUGAAUGAUGCAUUUGGUACUGCACAUGGAGCCCACACCUCAACUGAGGGUGUUACAAAAUUUUUGAAGCCAUCUGUUACUGGGUUCCUUUUGCAGAAGGAACUGGACUACCUUGUUGGAGCAGUUUCAAGCCCAAAGAGGCCAUUUGCUGCUAUUGUGGGUGGUUCAAAGGUCUCAUCUAAGAUUGGAGUGAUUGAGUCGCUUCUCGAAAAGUGUGAUAUCCUGCUUCUUGGUGGAGGAAUGAUCUUUACAUUUUACAAGGCACAAGGCCUUUCUGUAGGAUCGUCCCUGGUAGAGGAAGACAAGCUUGAUCUUGCAACAACACUCCUUGAGAAGGCCAAGGCCAAAGGAGUAUCUCUUUUGUUACCUACUGAUGUAAUUAUUGCUGACAAGUUUGCUCCUGAUGCAAACAGCAAGAUUGUGCCAGCAUCUGCCAUUCUGGACGGCUGGAUGGGCUUGGAUAUUGGACCUGAAUCUAUAAAGACAUUCAAUGAUGCUUUAGAUACUACCAAAACUGUUAUCUGGAAUGGACCAAUGGGAGUGUUUGAGUUUGACAAGUUUGCAGCUGGAACAGAGGCAAUUGCGAAAAAGUUAGCUGAACUUAGUGGGAAGGGAGUUACAACAAUUAUUGGAGGUGGAGAUUCUGUUGCAGCUGUAGAAAAAGUAGGAGUUGCUGAAGUGAUGAGUCACAUAUCAACAGGUGGUGGUGCCAGUUUGGAGUUGUUGGAAGGGAAACAGCUCCCCAGUGUUCUAGCUCUUGAUGAAGUCGUAGUGGUUGCUGUCUAAGACAAAGUUCGGUUUGUUUGUUUGUUUCCUUUUCUCAGCCCUUGCCUUGGCGAUGUUUCAAUUAAGGUUUGUAAACGAGAAAUGUGGGCAUAUAUGAGUUCAUUUGUAGAUCUUCACCAUAGCCAUCAAUGUAAGGUCCUUUGGUCUUUGUCUAUCUACCCUCUUGUUCAUUUCACCAUAAAAAGACUAGGAAAUGUUGGAAGAGAGAACUUGAUAUUUCCGAGGUUUCAAUAAAUUUAUUUUUUACUUUU